UAAAUGACAGGGAGAAGCCAAGUAACAUAACAACAUCAUCACCCAAAAUAGGAAAGAGGAAGGUGGACAGUGAACAAUAAACUGCGUGCUGAGCUUCCAGUCGGUUGCUCUGCUACUCAUAUAUAGAUCGGCUUUCUCUUCCUUUCAUUCCAUCUCUAUCCUUCUUCUCCAUUUGACUGAGCUCUCCCUCUCCUUCUAACCCUAAACCAGCUAGCUUCAUAUUUCUCCCUCUACAGCCUUCUUUACUUUCUCUCUCCUUCCCUUGUGCCCUACAAUGCCCAUGAACACAGACAAGAAGCAGAAGCAGGGGGGCAAGCAAGUGGGGAAGAAUAAGAAUCAUUCUCAUGUCUGCAAGCAAGAAUUCAGUUGCAGAAGGAGGCUCCGCCUGCCCAUGCGGGCUCAUGGGAUCAACUAUCAACACAUUUCCGACGCAGAAGAAAACCCUAAUGAUCACGUUCACCACCAACAACAAAGCCCAACUUCUCAUUCCAACACAGCAGAAGAAGAAGAUGUGGCUCACUGCCUGGUCAUGCUUUCGAGCGCGACCGUCGGUCGUGUUCUUCUCAUCGGCAAUGGAGAGAGAGCCUCCACUUUCUCGAGGAAGGAAGACGUCAACGAUGAAGAAAUCCUGCCUUUGCCUCUGGUUGCGACAAUAUCUCGCGGCCCAAACCUAAACCCUACUUUACCUCGCCGAACCUUCCCAUGCGGGUGGUGCGAAAAGGUCUUCCCAUCCCACCAGGCCCUCGGAGGCCAUCGUGCCAGCCACAAGAAAGUUAAGGGAUGUUUCGCCGCUAAGCUCGGAAUCAAAUCACCCGACGACACGAAAGCGUACAUUGAAGAUGAUAAUCGCAAUGCCAAUCAUCAAAAUAAUAUGAUUGAAUCUUUUGUGUUGGCAGAAAAUUGGCCCCGACAAUUCCCGAAGAAGAAGAAUCCUAAGGCACAUGUAUGCUUGGAGUGUAACAGGCAAUUCUCUUCUGGCCAGGCGCUUGGAGGACACAAACGUUCCCAUUCCGCCGCAGCUGCCGCCGCCGCUGCUACCGUAAACCCGAUGUUCGCCGCCACCGCCACCACAGACAUGGAAGUAGCAACUAGUAGCAGCAUAACGAAUGUAAUGCAACCCCAUACGCUGAAUCUUCUUCGAAUGUUCAGUGAUUCAACUUCUAUCAUAGACUUGAACAUGCCGGUGCCGACUGAUAAUAUCACUGAAAGUCCGCCACAAUCUGGAUGGGAAAUGAACCAGACGAGGAAGAAUCAAAGGGCUGCUACUACGAGUGAUAACGAUGAUGAGAAAGAGAAGGCGCCAAUGGAGAAUUUGGAGGAAGAGGUUGAGAGCAAGGAGGUGAACAUGGCUAAUCCUAGUGAUCUCAUGGUUGACACUGAUGAGGAAGAUGGAAGCUCCGAGUGGUUACAGAUUGGGUUCGGAUCCAUGUUCCACAAACAGAGUGGUGCGGAUCGGUCGUAG